AUAGUAUGUAAGAUUCUAUUCGGUGGCCCUAAUUUGAUUUUGCCCUUUUCCCCACAUCUCCCUUCCCCUCCUUUCCAAACCGCUGCUGCUACGAUCAUCGUCGACGCGAGGCGUUGCCACUGCCGACUCCAAGAACCCUCUUUUCCUCUCUAACCCAAGACAAAGAGGAGGUUGAAAGCUCCGAUUCUUAGGAGUCUGUCUGGUGAAGCAAUGACGCUGUCGGAAGAGGAAAUCACUAGGCUUUUCAGGAUCCGAAGAACAGUAAUGCAAAUGCUGAAGGACCGGGGUUAUUUUGUUGGGGACUUUGAGAUUGACAUGACCAAAGAGCAGUUCAAGGAUAAAUAUGGUGAGAGCAUGAAAAGGGAAGACCUUGUUAUCAAUAAAGCCAAGAGAAAUGAUAGCUCUGAUCAGAUCUAUAUUUUCUUCCCUGACGAGCCAAAGGUUGGUGUAAAGACAAUGAAGACUUAUUCCCAGCGCAUGAAGUCAGAGAAUGUUUUCAGGGCAAUCUUGGUAGUUCAACAAAAUUUGACUCCCUUUGCUCGGAGCUCUAUAAGUGAGAUUUCAACGAAAUUCCACCUUGAGGUUUUCCAGGAGGCAGAGUUGUUGAUAAACAUUAAAGAGCAUGUUCUUGUUCCUGAGCAUCAGGUGCUUACAAAUGAGGAGAAGAAAACUUUGCUGGAGAGAUACACUGUGAAAGAAACACAGCUGCCUCGUAUGCAAGUGACUGACCCCGUUGCGAGAUAUUAUGGGCUGAAGCGUGGACAAGUUGUGAAGAUUAUCCGACCAAGUGAAACAGCUGGUCGAUAUGUCACUUACCGAUAUGUUGUGUAAAUAUUUUUGACAACUUUGGCAACUGCUUAGGAAACGGUUCGAAACUGUACUCGAGUUUUGCCAUAGUUAAAACGGCUGGAUCACUUGAUAGUUGGUAGUAUGUGGUGGGUAGGAUGUAAUUCAUUUGGUAUUUUCAAGCAUCUUAAAUUAUUGGACUUUUGUA